AUGGUGGGAAAAUUAAUUGUGGGGCUGGGCAAUCCCGGAGCCGAAUAUCAAGGAACUAGGCACAAUUUAGGUUUUCAGGUAAUUGAUGGUCUAGCGACUAAAUUAAAUAUUGAACUAAAAAAAGAAAAAUUUAAAGGCUUAUAUACUACCCAUACUUACCUAAACCAAAGAAUUAUCCUUUUAAAGCCUUUAACUUAUAUGAAUAAUUCCGGAGAGUGUGUGCGAGAAUUUAUAAAUUAUUUUCAAAUAGCAAGCGAAAAUAUUCUAGUUAUCUAUGACGAUUUAACCCUUCCUUUGGGAAGUUUUCGUUACCGUGAACAAGGUUCAAGCGGCGGGCAUAACGGAAUUAAAAAUAUUAUUGAAUGUUUAGGAACUCCAAGGUUUAAAAGGUUAAAAGUAGGCAUUGGCUCUUGCUCGGAAAUACUUUGA